AUGGGAGUGCAGACGCUCUCGGUGGUGGCGGCAGGCACAUCCGUCUUGCAGACCAACGCGUUUGACUCAGAGAACAUGUCACUGCCUCUGAUGCUGACGCACGCCGCGAAGACCUCUCGGCUGCUUGGGGCGCAGGCUCCGUCCAACAUAUUGCGAUGGCUGACAACCGAAAACCUGACAAGCAACUUGCAUCAUGACGGCGUGGCCCCGGACAGUUUCGCGAGCAACGAGCAUCUGGCCAGCCUGUUCUCUGUGCUCUCCACAAACCAAGACAGAAGAGGACGCGAGUUCGUCUCAACGAUCGAAGGCAGAGUGCAUCCAAUUUAUGGCGUCCAGUGGCAUCCGGAACGGCCGAUUUUCGAGUGGGGGGCGGAUGAAGGUGGAAUCAACCACAGUGCGCAUGCCAUAGAGGCUAUGCAGUACUUUGCGAACUUCUUCAUCUCGGAGGCGCGGAAAAACUCGCACAGCUUCCCGUCCCAGCGGGAGGAGGAAGCCGCGCUGAUUUAUAACUACAUGCCCCAAGGGCGCUCGAGCUACCAG